AUGGUACGUUCGCUGUGGUACCUCAUCCUGUGGUGUUUGAAAUCGCCAAUCAGCGAGUCCAAUCUGGCAGAUCCACGAGGCAUGCUCGCCGUUGAGCUGAGCACCACUCGAAAACUUCUUCUCGACAGUUCAAACAACUCAAAGAAUGGACAUAUUUUUUUACGGGCAGUGGAUGACAUGUGGGCAGUAGUUCGCGAGCUUGGAACUGCUGUGGCCUCCGACGUUGGCGAGGAGGGGCUGGCAACAAUCAGGGAUCUCGCCUCUCUGCGUGCACUGACUGACAUUGGCUUCCUGGAAACUGCGUUGAUUCCGCUUCUCGGGAACGCACGCCAGGCCAACCUCACUCCUAGGGUUAGCACCGACCUGCGGUGGUUGAUGAAACUGCUGCCACGAGGAGAUCGCAGUGCUGUGGCUCUGGGACAUGUGGUUCUUACUUGGGUCAUGCUGAACAGCUUAAGAGCUGACAGCGACGGCUUCGUUCGCAUGGAAAGCGCGUCAUCAAUCACUCAAGCCUUUUGGCUUUCUCAGCAAACUGCUUCUGUGACGGUUCGACAAAUUUGUGAGGUCGGCUUCAACGGCGGACAUUCUGCGUGGGCCAUGCUGUCAAGUACUCUCAGCCAUCAGAGCCGAAUUGGGGAGCGAGUGGAGCUCAGCGCGCAAUUUGACUGUCAGAAUGUGGUCGGCGGGGAGUGCCGGCCCGCUCCGUACAUGCUGCAGAUGGUGCAAGUGCCCGUCAUGGGCAACUCAGGAGGCACACAGUUCUCCAACGGUCAGGUGGACCCUCGGUCGAUGCCGGUGGGUUUCUCGCAGCAAGCGUUUUACGGCCGUGUGCCGGGGGCCGACACCGACCGCAACGACACGGGCGUUGGCAAUCGCACGAUGAACGCAGGGUUUAAGUACCCGGGCGACAGCAUCGUAAUGGUUGCUGGUCAAUACCGAGAGGUCCGGCCAGUUCUAGGGCAAGCAACUGCUCCAGGUCGCUUCCACUGCGAGCCGGCCGAGUUACCUCUCGGCUUACAACUGGACCCUUCGACAGGCACCAUUUGGGGUACGCCGGCGAGCCCACCUGCUGGCAUGGACCCCGCAGGACCAUACCAACAGUUCACCGUGGUGCUUACCAACGCGGCGGGCGCGACAUCCUGUAGCAUCGGCAUCAAGGUGGUGCAAUUCAACCCACAAAGUUUCAGCAUCUCGCACAUCUCGCAGCUUGAGAAGAGCAAGUACAUGGUGUUGGUGGACACACGUCGCAAGUGA